ACGUUAAUCUUUCUAUUUGGGAAUUUGACUCUCCUUUGUUAGCAAUUGGUUCCCGAGAAAGCAAAAUUGCAAGACGAAGGCCGGUAUCGGCCGCCCCAGUAGACGACGGAGAGAUGUCGACCAGGAGGCGGGACCGGCGCAACCCUGGCGGUCCGACUCCGACAGCCCCACGUCCAGCGGCCACAACCGCGGCCACCUCCAGAUCUCAUCACCCUCUAUUCUCCACGCCGCUCCUCCCGCUCGCCCUCUUCGCCCUCGCUGCGAUCGUGCUCCUCCUCAUCAUGUACCGAGGCGGCAAGACUGGCCUGCCGGAAGCCACGUCGCUAGCCCUCUCCGUAUACGAGAGGGGCCUCGUAAAGCCCAACGUCGCAUUCCAAGAAAUCCUUGCCGAGAACUCGCGGUUUUCAGAGAACCGAUCGAGACGCCAUUUCCCGAAUCCGGUGCUGGCGUAUAUAACUCCUUGGAAUUCAAGGGGAUACGAAAAGGCGAAGCUGUUUAGUUCCAGAUUAACACAUCUAUCACCUGUGUGGUAUGAGUUGAAGAGUGAAGGCAAGAGGCUAGUUUUAGAAGGACGGCAUAAUGCUGACAGGGAGUGGAUCUCAAAGAUUCGGACUAGUGGAAAUUCUCUGGUAUUACCCAGAGUUGUCUUGGAAGCAUUUCCUGUGGACCUACUUCUAAAGAAGAAGUGGAGUAAGGCAAUUGAUAUCAUAAUAAAAGAAUGCAAGGACAUGGGAUAUGAUGGUAUUGUUCUGGAAUCCUGGUCAAGAUGGGCAGCCUAUGGUAUCUUGCAUGAUCCGGACAUGCGUAAUAUGGGAUUGGACUUUAUCAAAGAGCUCGGUAAGGCUCUCCAUUCUCUGACGUCAGUGGAAAGUGAUAAUCAUCCAUUGGAGUUGAUCUAUGUAAUCCCAGCCCCACGUUCACAAAAGCUUGAUGAAUAUGAUUUUGGACCACAAGAUCUGCAACAACUUUGUGAUGCUGUAGAUGGUUUUUCUCUUAUGACCUAUGAUUUUUCAGGACCUCAAAGUCCUGGUCCGAAUGCUCCUCUCAGCUGGAUACGCUCUUCAUUGAGUAUGCUUCUUGGUGAUACCAACACUGGUGCUCACAGCCAUGCGCACAAGAUCUUGCUUGGUCUGAACUUUUAUGGGAAUGAUUUCCUUGUUUCCGAAGGUUCAGGUGGUGGAGCUAUAACUGGUACAGACUACAUUUCCUUGCUGGAGAAACACAGGCCAGUGAUUCGCUGGGACAACACAAGUGGUGAGCAUUUCUUCAUCUACUCCCAUAACAAUGCAAGACAUGGCGUGUUUUAUCCCUCGCUGCUGUCGCUUUCUAUGCGUCUGGAUGAAGCACGAGUUUGGGGAGCCGGCCUAUCAAUUUGGGAAAUCGGACAAGGCUUAGACUACUUUUUUGAUCUUUUGUAACAUGUGCCCUGUUUUGAGACUUUCGGUCCAUACAACAUAACCGGUGCCACUUAUUCUGGCUGCUUGCUUGUGUUUUUGCUGUAGCUGUUGAUGAUGGAUCUAUUUAUACCGAUGGAUUCUCCAAGUAUGAAAUCCAUGUCAAUAUCUUUAAUCAGUGAGGUAAAUUCCAUUGUCA